ACAUACUUAAAACAAAGACCAGAGGAACUGUGAGAGCUAGUGUUUUCAUCAGCAUCUGUGCACACGGUGUGUUAGCAGCUAAUUUAAAGUAAUUUAAAGUUGCAACUAGGACAAAACAAAAAAGGAGAGGAGAAUAUAGUGGCUGACAACAGAGAUAAAGGAGAGAAAAACCAGAAGGAGCAGCUGGAAACCACCAGAAAACCAAAAUCAGAACAGAAAGAAAAAAGCAGGAGAAACGACUGAAAGAAGAAAGAGUGUUGUUGAACCGAGCAGGAGAAACCAAGUGGCCUGCAGUCAUCCUGACGAGAAGCGAAUCUGGAGGAGGAACAGCUAGAGGUCCAACGGGCCGCACAUCACAACUUCACCAUGAGUCUGAGCAGCACUCUGGAGAAGGGGGCCCACCACCAGGCCCUGGACCUCUCUGAGGAGCUGCCGCCUCACCUCCAUCACCACUCCAACCACCAGCAGCAUCUCCACCAUUCCAACUCCCUGGCGUCCACCACCGCUGUGGGCGGAGGUAGAGAAACCCCGUCGCGUGUGGUCAUACCUCCUCCGUAUUCCGCAGCCGAGAGCGGCGGCGUUGGGGGCGGCGAGGCCCCUCUGGAGCUGCGCGGGUCGCUGGACUGCUGGGCCUGCUCGGUGUUGGUGACGGCCCAGAACCUGGUGAUUGCUGCCAUCAACGCUUGCCUCGCCGCCGUUGUGUUCGGCACCAUCCUGACCCCGGCCAUCGUCAUGGUUGUGUUCGGCUUCCUGUGUCACUCUACGGUUCGCCCCCACGGCACGACCCCCUACUGCUCCGACCUGCUGACUGACGGAGGCUGCGUGGCUCUGCUGGUGGUGGGCUUCCUCCUGGUCACCCCUCUGCUGGUCCUGGCGUUGGCCGCGUACUGCCGUCUGGCCCGACACCUCCAGCUGGGCCUGUGCUUCAUCCCGUACAGCCGGGCCGUGUACAAGAACCUGCCGGCCACCCAGCACCGCGGCCUGGGCACCGGCUGCUGCGGCGGCAGAGACGGAGGCGAGAGCGGCCGGAAGGGAAAGGUCUGGGUGUGAGAGAGGAGAAGAUGGGGGGUGAGGAAGACUAUUUGAUGACACAUGAAAGGGAAGCAGGAUGAAGGUUGGGUAGAAUGAUUCAGAAACAGGAGGAAAAAAAUAAAACAAAAGCAGCAGAAUGUGUGUAAUGUCUCAUAUCAAAUCAGAACAAUACCUGGUAUGGGAGGUUACAGGUGUGUGUGUGUGUGCGUGCGUGCGUGAAGGAUAGAUUCCAGUUGUACCGACGUCAUCCCGAUUACGUUUCCUUUAACUGGAACUCCCCUCUCCGUUAUAACCUUCAUUUAUUAAAAGUACAGAUUACGCUUCACUUAGUGGAUUUUAAUGAAUGCUGCCGGUUUGCAGCCGAUUAAACUAGAGAAUCAAAAUGAAGCCACAGAUUAAAAACAAAAAACCGCCGCAAAAAAUGUGGCAAAUUUUAUGCAAAAGCAGCAUAUUUACCGGACGUGGAGCCGUCUGCGACUUUCCUGAAUAAAUCACAGGAAAGAGGAAAUCUGAAAAUAGUGCUGCGUGAUGACACAGAACAGAUUUGUCUCUUAUCACAUUUACAUCAUCAUGGAAAACUUGUACUUGUGAGCUUGUAGUUUAUUGUUCAGCUUUGUGAACUGUGCCUGCAUCAUUUCCUUAUGUUUUUUUUAUAAAUAAAGUUCUUGGAUUUUUCAA